ACAGAAAUUUUCCCAAUCACUCUUUCUUUACUUGCAAAAUACAGUACAUUCGUUCAAGAUGCGUUCCUCAAUAUUUUUCCAUGUUCUCUCAGCAAUUACCUUAAUAGCAGCUCAAGACCUCUCCCAAGAAACUGAUGCUCAACUCGCUGCUCAGCUUCCCCCCUGUGUCGAACCCUGUGAUAAAGCAGCAAUAGCCUCCGUUGGCUGUGGGGAAACCGACUAUGCCUGCCACUGUGCGCACAGCACCCAAUUGCAAUCUAUCGUCGUUCCUUGUCUGCAGAAUUCGUCAACUUGCACGAGUUCUGAUUUAGCAACAUUCGGAACCCUAGUAAAGCAGAUCUGUCUGAAUCUCAACGUGACUGGCAAUGGUACCUCGAAAACGACAUCGACAUCGACAUCGCCGAGUCCAACUGGCUCCGCAACAAUAUUACCGUUUCCUGGUGCGGGCAUACAAUUGCAGAUCAGUAGUGGGGUAUUUGCGGUGAUUGGAGUUGCGUUCAUGGCGCUGAUGUGAGGGAUCUCCCGAUGGCUCAUGAAGGAGGAAGGAUAUGGUGAAGUCGGACCUUUGCGCUGUGUAUAUAGAUGGAAGGAAAGUCCGACUAACAUUCUUUGAGAUGCCCAUUGCCAUUUCUGAGACUGAGGUUACCCUGUAAGAGUACGCUUUCCGGAUAUCUGGAUAAUGGAAAAUAUAUAAAUAUCCUGAGAUGAACACGGCAGCAUGGCUCUCUUGGACCAGAGAUGAUUUCAUAGUGAAAUUCAUAGAGAUGAAGGCACGAGUUAGCAGUGUGUAGAUACAUAUAACGGAAGUGAGUGACUGCUGC